AUGGGUAAAAGUGCCCGCGAAUGCUAUGAGAAAGUCUCGACUGAAGAGUUUGACAAUGAAUCGUUCAACAAAAUGAUGUUUCUUGAUGCUUGCUUCGUACUUUAUUUUAUUAUAUACGUCUUUCUUAAAACUAAACGUACGAAUGUAAAACAGAAAGAAGCAGAUCCACUACAUGGCUGGAUUUGCUACCUGGGUUUUGUGCGGAGGGACUUGCUGUUGCUAGAGAAUCAAAUUCCUCUACUAGCGCUAAAAGUUUUGAUGAAAUUAUUGUUCAAAAGUGAAAGACCAGACUGGGAGACAGAGUUGAUUCAGAAUUUCCUUGAUCAUGAAGCCAUUAUGCCACCUCAGGAGAAUUCAUGCGAUAAUGCUGUCAAAAAAUUUAUUCCACAAAUGAUGGGAUGCAGUGUUCAGAAAAAGGAGAAACGGAAAUUAGAUAUGGAUGCACCCCACCUUCUACAUCUAUUUCGGAAGCAGCUCAUUGGGUCAUCUCCUGAAGACAAAAUCAAGAAGAAAUCUGGCGAACGCCUUCCACAACCAGAUCGGGAACCGUUAUUUCCUGAAGACAAAAACAAUGAGAAAUUUGCCAAAUUUUAUUCGUAUCGUUCAGUAACAGAGCUCAUAUCAGCAGGAAUUCAUUUCAGAUCAAGUCGAACUAACCAUGUUACUGAUGUGAAGUUCAAAUCUCACCUUAUUUCUAGUACUCUUACACUUCCUCAAAUCGUGGUUGAUGAUUCAACAAAAGAUUUGCUGUUAAACUUGGCGGCUUAUGAAAUGUGUCCCCAUAGCCUUUCUGAUUAUCACAUUAUGUCGUACAUUUGCCUAAUGGAUUCAUUCAUCGAUCAUGCCGAUGAUGUUAAAGAGCUCCGGAAAAGAAGAAUUCUUGUCAACAAUUUAGGCAGUGAUGAAGAAUUGGCGCAACUCUUUAACGAGAUAGCUAAUGAUUUGGUAUUUGAUCGAUUUGCAUAUGCAGAUGUUAAGAGUCAGAUUCAAAACCAUUGCGACAGUAAUGCACAAGUCUGGAUGGCUGAAUGGAUACACAAUCAUUUUAGCAGUCCUUGGGCUUUCUUGGCUUUUUUAGGUGUAAUUUCCGUCAUUGCCCUUACCGUGGUACAGACAUAUUUUACUGUUUUUCCGCACCAAACCUCAGGACACAAGACUUCCUAA